UAGCGUCGCUGGCGUCGGAGCUCCCGGAAGUAGCGUCUGUUGGCGAUGAUGGCGGAGAGUCCUGCGGCUGAGGAAGCGGCGGCGCUGGCGGCCCCGGCGGGGAGCGGGCCGGGAUCCGGAGGCGGGGGUCCGGGAGUGUUCCUGCCGGCAGAGCUGUGGGCCGUGGCGGGACUGGGGUCGGGCGGAGGAGGGGCAGCAGCGACGGCGGCGGCUACAGCGGCGGGCUCCGGAGGGAGCGCUGUGGCCGGGAUCCCUCCCUCCGCCGCUGCAGCCGCAGCCGCCGCUGGAGUGCUCCUCUCGCACUCGGCCUUCUGGGACCCCACCACCAGCGGAGACUGGGACGGAGAGAGGCCCAGCGCCGCUUGCCUCCUCCGCAUCAAACGAGAUAUCAUGUCAAUAUAUAAGGAGCCACCUCCUGGAAUGUUUGUUGUGCCUGAUCCCCACGAUAUGACCAAGAUUCAUGCGUUGAUCACAGGCCCCUUUGACACGCCUUACGAAGGGGGUUUCUUCUUGUUCCUGUUUCGCUGUCCUCCAGAUUAUCCCAUCCAUCCGCCACGAGUCAAACUGAUGACAACCGGGAAUAACACAGUGAGAUUUAACCCUAACUUCUACCGCAAUGGGAAGGUCUGCCUCAGUAUUCUAGGCACUUGGACUGGACCAGCCUGGAGUCCUGCACAAAGUAUUUCUUCAGUCCUUAUAUCCAUACAGUCCCUAAUGACUGAGAACCCCUAUCACAAUGAACCUGGCUUUGAACAGGAAAGGCAUCCAGGAGACAGUAAGAAUUAUAAUGAGUGCAUUCGGCACGAGACCAUCAGAGUAGCCGUGUGUGACAUGCUAGAAGGGAAAUGCCCAUGUCCGGAGCCUUUACGUGGAGUUAUGGAGAAGUCCUUUAUGGAGUAUUACGACUUCUACGAGGGGGUGUGCAAAGAGAGAUUGCAUCUUCAAGGACAGACAAUGCAGGAUCCUUUUGGUGAAAAGCGAGGACACUUUGACUACCAGUCCCUUCUAGUGCGUUUGCAAGGAAUCCGUCUCAAGGUUCAGGAGAAACACCAGCAGGAGAACCCAGACAUAGACUCAGAGAGCAGCUCCUCUGAAACAGAGACAGACACUCAAGGCAGCAUUAAGGCUUAGAGAUUUCCCACCUAAUUGCUUGGGAAUCCAAGACAUGGGGUGGGGAUCUUCUGACUCCAGACACUGUGGAGGAUCCCGGCUAGACCUGAGAACCAGUCUAGUUCCAGAGUGGAGAGAACAUGGGCAGAGAAGCAUCCUUCAGUCAUCUCCUUCAGUGCUCUGGUACAUGCUGUUUAAAAACAAAAAGAGGAUUUGAUGCUAAAACUGAACUGGGCUUGUCACAGGCUAUAGUUUGAAAAUGGCCCUUUUCUCCAUUGGAGAACUUACGAGCUGAUGGCUUAAAGGCAUUCUGGAAGAACCUGUGAUGAAUGGAUGAGUUUCUGUCUUCUCCUGCCCAACUCCCUCCCUCUUGAUUCUAAAAGAGCAUGAGAUCGAGAAUGACUCUCAGUUUCAUCGCCUCUGUUCCAAAACAUACUGCUUCUUCUUAGCACCUCCCUUCUGGCUUGCCUCCACACCAUGGUGGACUCCCAGCCAUCAAGUCUGUUAAAGCACUUUUUGACAGCUAUAUAAACAAGUUCCCCCCCCCCACCACCACCACCAAAUUUUUCAUAUUUGCUUUGUCAUAGCUUCUAGUUGGGUUGGUUUUGUGUGUCUUAGAAAGACCAAAGAGGAGGAGCUUUUGCGGGAAUGGCUUUAUGGCAAUUUAAAUUUUCAAAGCUUUACUCAUUUGUUGAGCUUCCCACCCCCCGCCAGCCCUUGAAUUUCAGUUGGGAAAGGAAGAAAAGAAAUCCAAAAUUCAAGAGAGCAACAACUGGUAAAUGUUGUCUUAUUUCAUGUUAAAACAUUAUUUUUAGUAGUUCCCAGAAAGAAGUCAGUCCUAUAAAUUGCAUUUAAUUUGGAGGAAGGCUUUUUGUUCCAAUUCAGGAAAAGGGAAAACUACAGAGGAGAAACAGUUCUGUAUUACUGAUAGUAUUCACAGGAGAAGAGAGCAUAGGGGAUAAUAGCAGCAAAAAAGGAAACCUAGCCAUGUUUACCGGAAACUUUGACUUGACAACAUGCUUUGUCAUCCAUGCAAUUAGGCUUCCAAUUUUUGUUUAGUGAUGUCAAAAAGAUGCAAGUAAUGUAAAACCUGAACAGUGUCAGUUUGAAUCUGACUGUAAGCCCGGGGAGCAAAUAGGAACCAUUGAAAUGCUCUGUUGAAGGAUGUGGUCUCCUUUCGACAAAACUGUCUGUUUAAAGUGAAUUAUGGGAUUAUGUGUGUGUUACUCUCAAAUCUGCCAUAAAUCCUUUCUCAGAUUGCUCCACUAUGACACAGAGAGAUAAGGCUGCAACUUGAAGGAUACACCUUCUGAAGAUUGAUUUGUCUACAGCUGUUCUCCCAGCUGGUAACCUUUUUUAGUUUAUUUUUUAGACAGAAAUAUCCAGAAACCUUGUGCGCUUUCCCCUCUUCUUCCUUUCUAGAAAUGGCUUUAAAUUGUUUGAAAACUGGAAGAACAUUUUGAGCCUAUAGAUGCACACCCUAAUCCAGAGCUGAACUGGGGAAGGUGCCAGACUGGUAGGAAGGUUUGCGUUCAGCUUACUUGGGCACAUGCAACUAUGCAGGUAACCUCCUUCCCACCUGCCUCUGGACAUGCACAUAUGCUAGUAGGCCCUACCUGUCAGCUGGCAAACAAUCUUCCAGCUCAUCUUGCAUCUCUCUGGCUUUGAGAAUAAGGAAAGAACUGCUGCUUAAAACUAUUCAGGACCUUUCCUGUUAGCAUUUGAGAUGGGAUAGGAUUAUUUCCCCACUACCAAAAUCACAAGGGGAAAAAGAAUCUCUAAAAGUUAUGAAUUGCUGAUGGAAUCAAACAGAAGCACUGUAAUGCAAGAUUGCAUUUUGAUGCCUUGUGAAGGAGGUACCUGCAAGGCAGACCUAAUUGUAUCAUGUUUAUUUUAAUUGCACGAGGUGCAAUCUAGCAGAUGUCAGUUGUGCUUAACCCCUCCCCUCCUCCCCCUUCAUUGAAAUCAACGGGACUUGAAUGCACAGUUAAUAUUUUAAGUCCCACUGAAAUCAGUAGGACUUAGGUAGUAGGCCUUAUAUUCUCUUGACUGUGCCAAUUGUGUAAAUUUGGCUUCCCCCAUUCUGUAGUCACCCACACUCUAGUGCUCCCAAGUCAGAACACCUGUUCAUUUUUGAGACCAGAAUUCCAGAUGCAUGUUGGCUGUUGAACCAUUGCAUACAUUUCCUUUAAAAACACACACAUACAAAACAAAACGUGAAAAUGCCUUAUGUGGUUGUUCGUUUUUCACACGGCUCGCAUGUGGAUGUAAGGGAAAAAUGGAAUAUGGUUUCCUAGUUGCCCGUAGUCAUCUGUCAGCCAUUUUCUGAAUGUUUCCAUUUCAAAAAGUGACAAUCCUAGAUGACUGAUCUAGACAAAUGUUUAGUGACAGACUUUUAGGCCUAACAAGCUGAAAAGAAAAAUAAAUGCACAAGGGUCUUCAAAUAACGAAAUCUUGUUUAUAUAGAAUUGUACAUAAAGGGUUUUUUGUGCAAUAAAGUUUGUUUUGGCAGGA